AAGCUUUGAAGAUGGCUGAACGUUUGCACAACGCUUUCCUUAGACGUCUCCGCAGUUUCAUACCUAUCGAGUUCAAAAAGGAAGUGAAGGAGCUGUCAGUUAUGGCUUUGCCUGUGUUUUUAACCAGGAUUAAUAUCUACUUGAUGGGUGUUGUCAGCGCUUUAUAUUGUGGACAUCUCGGGACAAUAUACCUGGACGCCGUGGCGCUAGCUACAGCUAUCAUCAAUGUCUCGGCUAUCUCCAUAGCCUAUGGUUUGACCUCAGCCUGUGCCACAUUAGUAUCUCAAACUUUUGGGAGUGGGAACCUUAAGCAAGUUGGGGUGAUUGCACAGAGGGCGUUUCUCAUAUUGAUGUUGGCCUGCUUCCCUUGCUGGGCCGUUUUAAUCAACACAGAGUCAUUACUCAUUGCUAUUAAACAGAACCCUGAGGUUGCCAGACUAUCUCAGUUAUAUGUGAAAGUUUACAUGGUUGCUCUUCCAGCAUUAUUUACAUACAUAACUGAGGAAGCAUACCUGCAAAAUCAGGGAAUUAUCUGGCCAUUGGUGAUCUCUGGAGCUGUUGGCAGUGUGACCAAUGCCUUGUUCAACUACAUUUUCCUUUUUCCUUUGAAUCUUGGCGUUGUUGGAUCGGCAGCAGCCAAUGUUACCGCACAAUAUACCAUGGCUAUUAUGCUGUUUGUGUACAUCCGGUAUAAAGGUCUUCAUAAGGACACUUGGCAUGGCUUGUCCAUGGAUUGUCUACAGGACUGGGGUGAUUUUAUGUGGCUGGGCAUUCCGGGAAUUUUAAUGCUGAGUGCAGAGUGGUGGGUUUUUGAGCUGGGUGCAUUUUUAGCAGGGCUGAUAAAUGAAACUGAGCUGGCAUCCCAGUCAGUUACUUUUGAACUGGCAAAUCUUGCAUUGAUGUUUUCUCUAGGCUUCAGUGUGGCAGGCGGUGUGAGAGUGGGAAAUGCUCUGGGGGCUGGAAGCCCUGAACAGGCCAAGCUGUCUGCCAAGAUCUCAAUAGCCUGCGCAGUCUGUGUCUCAGUGUGCUUGGCAGUUAUCAUUGGCAGUAGCAAAGAUGACAUUUCUUACAUCUUCUCAAAUGAUCAACAGGUUAGAGAGAGAGUCAGUAGAAUAAUGGUGCUGUAUGCCCCUUUCAGUCUUCUUGAUGCAACAGCAGCAGCUGCUGGGAGUAUUAUCAGAGGCCUAGGAAAGCAGGUGAUUGGGGCAGCUGGGAGCCUGGUCGGAUAUUAUGGCAUAGGCGUUACUAUUGGUGUGUCUCUGAUGUUUGCAGCUAAAUUGGGCAUAUUUGGCUUUUGGACUGGCCUUUUAACUUGUGUGUUCCUGCAGUCAGUUUUCUUCAUAGUUUUCUUAAUAAAGGUAAACUGGGUGAAAGCUGCAGAGGAGGCACAGAUCAGAGCUGGAAUUCAGAUGUACUCCACAAAUAAUGAUGCACUGCAGCAGGCUGAGAAUGUAGAGAUGAAUGUCUUAGGCCUUCACACUGACACUGAGACGCUGGCGGAGAAUCUGCCCAACUCUACAGCGAGGAACGCACUACCUUUAGGGGUCUUGGUGUUCCGAAGAGGCCUGACUCUGCUGGUUAUGUUCAUUAUUCUGGCUGCAGGGAUUGCUUUAAGUGUAAUUGUGAAGAGGUAGAAAUGUGCUCAGUUGGUAUAAAGCCAUGUUAGGGAGUUGUUAAGCAUAGGGAAUUUCAUAUGGACAUUCAUUCUGUCAUAAAUUUCAGGCAAAGGCUAUAUGAAGGUAUAAUG